AGUGCUAGGUUUUCUGUUCAGUUAUAACCGACACGGUUUGUUCGUGAGGACUGAACCGGAAACACCCACCCAACGUUAUCAUCAAUGACAACAGUUUCUACUGAAUUGCUACCUCGAACACUCCCAUUUACACCCCACCAGAACCGCAAUUCUCAUUCAAAAUCUAACACCCUUGUUUCUUGCAAAGUCCCACUUCUCAAUGAAGGUAGCAUUAGCAAGCGCAGGAACCUACCCGAUUUCAGUGUUUCUUCUGAAACAAAGCCCAAACUCCCCCAAAACCUCUACUUUAAAGAUACCCAUCUCUUGAAAGCCUUCAACCGGUCCUACAAAGCAGGCAAAUACAACGAGUCCCUUUACUUUCUUCAGCACUUGGUCAACAAGGGUUACAAACCUGACGUUAUACUGUGCACGAAACUCAUCAAGGGUUUGUUCAGUUUCAGAAGAUUCGAGAAAGCCGUUCGGGUCAUGGAAAUGUUGGAGCAGCACGGCGAGCCUGAUAUUUUCGCUUAUAAUGCGGUGAUUAGUGGAUUCUGCAAGGCUGAUAGAAUUGAUUCUGCAUAUGAAGUGCUCGACAAAAUGAAAAUGAGGGGGUUUGCGCCUGAUGUUGUCACGUACAACAUUCUGAUUGGGAGUCUUUGUUCCAGGGGAAAGCUUGAGUUGGCUUUCAAGGUCAUGGAUCAGUUGUUGAAGGACAAGUGCAAGCCCACUGUGAUUACUUAUACUAUUUUGAUAGAAGCAACCAUUCUGAAGGGUGGUAUUGAUGAAGCUAUGAAGCUUUUGGAUGAGAUGUUCUCAAAUGGCCUUCAACCUGACAUGUUCACUUAUAAUGCAAUCAUCAAGGGUAUGUGCAGAGAAGGACUGGUGGAUCGUGCCUUUGAGCUUAUUAGCAGCAUAAGUACUAAGGGUUAUGCCCCAGAUGUGAUAUCGUAUAAUCUUCUUUUUCGAGGACUUCUCAAUCAAGGCAAAUGGGAAGCUGGACAGAAUUUGAUGUCUGACAUGCUUUCUAAAGGUUGCAAGCCAAACGUUGUGACAUACAGCAUUUUCAUUGCUUGGCUCUGUCGUGAUGGCAAAGUUGAGGAGGCGGUAGGUUUGUUGAAGUUUAUGAAGGAAAAGGGGUUGACUCCUGAUGCUCACAGCUAUGAUCCAUUGAUUUCUGCAUUAUGCAAAGAGAGAAGAGUGGAUUUGGCAAUAGAAUUCUUGAAUAAUAUGAUCUCUGAUGGUUGCUUGCCAGAUAUUGUGAACUAUAACACGAUAUUGGCCUCUCUCUGUAAGAAUGGAAAAGUUGAUGAAGCUUUGACUAUCUUUCAGAAGCUGGGUGAAAUGGGUUGUCCUCCGGAUGCAAGUUCCUAUAACACAAUGUUCAGUGCACUCUGGAGUUGUGGGCACAAAAUUAGAGCGCUGGGGAUGAUUUUAGAGAUGUUAAGCAAUGGUAUUGAUCCUGAUGGGAUCACAUAUAAUUCACUUAUAUCUUGUUUGUGCAGAGAUGCAAUGGUGGAUCAGGCCAUUGGGUUGUUAGUGGACAUGGAAAGUAGUGAGUGUCAGCCUACAGUUAUUAGUUACAACAUAGUUCUUCUUGGAUUGUGCAAAGUGCACAGAAUUAACGAUGCCAUUGAGGUGUUAGCUGUGAUGGUUGACAAAGGAUGCCAGCCAAAUGAAACUACUUACAAAUUAUUGAUUGAAGGGAUUGGUUUUGCUGGAUGGCCAAAUGAUGCUAUGGAGCUGGCUAUGUCCCUUGUUAGUAUGAAUGCUAUUUCUCAACACUCAUUCAAACGUUUGAACAAAUUCUAUGGCAUUAAGGAUUUAUCCAGGUCUUCCCAAUGAACUUUUUGGUAUGUUCAUUUUUUUAACCACUCUUUGGCGAAUUAUAGUUUUUUAUAUUGGACUUUGGAAUUUAAAGGACAGAUUAUUUCAAUCAGAUAGUCAUUGUUUCGGAUAAGGAUGGUUUUAUGGAGUCUGUGUUUAUUGUGCUUUCUUGACGGCAAGGAAGGUCAAUCAGAUAGUCAUCGUUUCUGAUGAGGAUGCUAUUAUCCAGUCCUUGUUUGCUGUGCUUUCUUGAGGGCAAAAAAGGUUGUAUUCUGCAUGCCAAGUUAGAUAGACUUGGAGUCUGGAGAUGGAUUUUGGGUAACCAAAAAAUCCGUGACUUUCAUAAGGGAAUCAUCGUCAAGAGUUUGAUACUGUUGCUGCGAUUUUGGUCCUUUGAUUGCACUACAACUUAUGGAAAAAUCUUGUGGUUUUGAUUGCACAUUGUAAUGAGCAACGACGGAGGGAGAGGGGGAUGUUAAGAAGCCAUGAAUCAUGAUCAGCCAACUUCCAUUUUUCUUUCACUUGUAUACUUGCCAUAUAUAAGUGGAGUGGGUAGUCCCCAAAAUUUAACACAAUUCCAGUAUGACUUUUUAGUAAAAUAAAAAUUUCUACUAAUUCUCACUUAUGAC